AUGAACGUGGCAUGCGGCUUGCUGACGGUUCUUCUGGUGGCGUGCCACACGGAGUCGAGGUGCUCGCCGACGUCUUAUUAUAAGAACUGCUGGAUCCGACGCUUCCCGGGCAUUUUCAUCGACAUCGAGGAGUCUCAGCGCAGAGGAGCGCAGCUGCUGGAGCACUACCAGGAGGAGACGGCGCUCCAAUGCAGCCGCACCUGCUGCCUCACCAGAAACUUUUCCUGUAAUCUGGCCAUAUUCCACUAUGACACUUCUCCAGAAAACGUGAACUGCUUCCACCUGCACUGUCCCACGCUGGAGAGCUGUAUCCUGAGCCACAGGGGCAACGUUGUUCUGUACAAUGUCACUAAAGGGGUGGAUCCUGACCUGUUGGUGUUUGGAAAGUACUUCACCUCCAAUGUGCGUGUGUUGCCGCACCACUACAGUCGAGCCAAUGUCUCUGAACCCCUGCCCCCAGACAAACGCCAGUUCAUACACCCGCCCCCGCCCGCUGCCCUGCCUCUGACGUCUGCACCGACUGGUACACGGCCCACCACAGCACGUAGAGGGCUCGACACCACCACCACCACCCUGCGGAGCACCAGUCAGGCUACAGUGGUUCCCACAACAACAACCACACUGUCCGCCACUUCACCUGCUCUUAUAACAGACCAGCAGAACCAAGCACAAGCAACAGCCCCAACCACCUCCACCAAUUCUCCUGCACCCAGCUUUACUGCACCUCCUCCAUCCAUGAUAGAAUCCACCCUAAAUCCUGAGAUGACUUCUAUCCUUUCCGCCCCUACUGCGCAGCCCUCUACAUCCGCCCUCACCCAGCGUCACCCCACCACCUCCUCUCGGUCAGCGACUAGCCCUCCAACCACCACAGGCCUUGUGGGCAACACAGAGAGCAGCAAGCAGUACCCCAAUGACACCGAGGGCCCCCUGGGGAGGAACCACACUGCAGGCGGUGAUGUAGGCCAGGAAGUCAGCGCAGAGGACCCUUUGGAGGAGUUGGGACCUGGGUGGCACGUAGCUGCUCACACCUUACUGGUCGCGGUGGCCAUCUGCAUCACCGUGCUGCUGAGCUGCUGCUGCUCCAUCCUGCUGGUGGCGAGCUGGAGGGCUCACAGGAGGAGGAUGGGGCGCUAUCGGACGUCAUGGAGAGGGAGGAGAGGCUCCAUGCGUCUGAUUAAGUACGUGCUGGUCAGAGAGCGUUCCUGA